AUGGUCCAACCUGGCCAAACCCAGCCCGCCCGCGGCCUCUUCCCCUUCAACCCCAAUGGCGGCUACAUCCCCUCCAUCUCUCCCGCCCAAUUCCAGGUCCAGCCAGACCUCCGGCAUCAGCCUCAGAACCAGCCCAAUCCUCGCUUCCAACCUCCAAGCACUCAGCCCCCGACCCCCUUCGGCCCCUCAUACCUCCGAGACAGGUGGUAUGCCUCCGAAUCCGUCCGUACCGCCGCCACCGCCCUCCACAACCGUAUCUACGUCCCCGCCGCCUUCUCGCCGGACGUGAGAUACGACGCGCUCUUCAGGCCAAUCAUCACGUGCGCGAUCGAUUGGUCAGAGGUGCAUGGGCCGUUCCUUACGGUCCGGAUGUGGAGGUGGACCGGCUGGUUCGCCCCUGGAGAAACGGGGUUGGUCGUGGAGAAGUUCCUGGGGAGGCAUGGGCUCAGACACCCCAAUAACAAAGAACCAGCCGGUCUGGCUCUCAAGCUGGAGCAAAUCCUUGCCGGCUUACCGCUGCUCAAAUCAGGCAUGAUCAAGCUUCCACCCAAUGGAUGUGCCAAGCUCCUCAUUGCCGCCAGACCGGAAUCUUCGGAUAGCAUGGUCGAAGUGUUCCUCGAGGGGGACGGACACGAAGUCGUCGAGUCUGGUCUAUGGGAGGGGAAUCUGAAUCGCCUGUUCAGCGGGGGUCGAGUGCGCGACGCUUCUCUACCCCUCAUCAUGGCCCUCCGGCUCGCACCUCGCCUGCCCACCUUCCGUCCCGAGGAUGUCCCGCACCAGGACGCGUACGACCCUCGCGUCAUGCCUAUCCCGGUACUAGGUGCAGUCCCGCCUCAGUCCGGGACAACCUACCAUCAGCGCCAGACCACAGCGCAGCUCCGCACUCCCCCUCGCGCCGCUCCUUCACUCUUCCGCGGUCCGGCAAGUCCCAGCUCGACCAUUCUCGGUACCCCGACAGGUGGAGAGGCCCAUCCUACGGCGUUAUCGGACCUGACGACCGAGGGGAUCUGGCAUCUCCCAGGACCAGUGGCUGGCUUGGGCAACGGAAGAUUCUAG